AUUCUGGCCUACUUCACACCAGUUUUUGUAACUAGCUAGCUAUAGCAACUCUUGAGCAGCACAAAAAUCAAUAACUUCUCCCACAAUUUUUCUCCCCAAAAUGUCUAAACUACAGCUACUUAAUGAGGUUCUCGAUGAAAAAUUAGCUGCAGUUCCCCUGGAGAUAUCCGUAGUAGUUAAAACAACGAUAGCAGAGUACCAGGGAGAAAUCACCCGUUUGAAGCGGGCGGUUGCACGUCUACGAAGACUGCUGGAUUUGGUUUUCAAACCAGAGAUAAAAUUGCAAAGAUUAGCAGACCUCCAGCAGCUCACUCUCACUGAAGAGGUUAUUUCUGAGCAGAGUCACUGUGAGCAGGAAUGGAGCCCUGGUCUGGGGCCGGUGGAGUCGGAUACCGAAGAGUCUAUGUGGGACUCUUUCAACAUCAUAACUGUGGAGAACCAAACAGAAUCUGAUGGCGAGAGCCACAACAGAGAAUCUGAAUCAACCAGUGACUAUGAGCCCCCCUCUGAAGUAAGUCCAGACAGUGACAACAGUGAAAAUGGAAAUGUGGAUGGAGUGGAGAGUAGAAUACCACUGUCAGGAUUAAAGCCUCUCAAAUCAAAGAGAGGAAGAGGACGGCCAAGGAAAGGAAGCAGUGAGUUGCCUGAUCUGAAAUGUGACGUGUGCGGGAAAUGCUUUACAGCAGCACGUAGUCUGAAAAGGCAUCAGCUAAAUCUGCACAGUGAAGAGAGACUAACAGGACAGCCAAAGAAAAAAAAAUGUGAGUUUCCUGAUCUGAAAUGUGAUGUGUGUGGAAAAUGCUUUGAGAAAGCACGUAAUCUGCAACGACAUCGGCAAUAUCGGCACAGUGAGGAGAGACGACACAUGUGCGACACUUGUGGGAAAUGUUUCAUCCGGAAGGACCAUAUGACCCAGCACAUGAAGCUUCACACAGAGGAGAAAAAACACUGCUGCACUGAAUGUGGCAAAUGUUUCCUUCACAAGUCCAUCCUGAAAAAUCAUAUGGGUACUCAUACAGGGGAGGCUUUUAAAUGUGAUGUGUGUGGAAAAUGCAUGACGACUGCAGGUGGUCUGAAAGUGCAUCAGAAAAAUCACACUGAGAAAUCGCAUCAGUGCAAAGAAUGUGACAAAGCCUACACCUUUAAGGGAGACCUGAUAAAGCAUGUGAGGAUUCACACUGGGGAGAAACCAUUUCAAUGCAAAGAAUGUGGCAAAUGCUUCAGCGACAAGGGAAGCCUUCCAAAGCAUAUGAUGACUCACACAGAGGAGAAACCACAUCGCUGUAACGAAUGUGGCAAAUGCUUCAGUCUGAAGGGAAGCCUGACAGCGCAUAUGAAGAUUCAUACAGGGGAGGGAGUUCAAUGUCAUUUGUGUGGAACUCACUUGAAGUUAAAAUCAAGUCUAAAAAGACAUCUGCGAACUCAUAGAAGGAAUAGCCCUAAUGAAUGAGAACACGUACAAAUGUUUUGGAAAGAUCCAAGCUGAAUAUGAAUUAUAAUUGUUAUUUCUGUGGAAUGGAGAAGGAGACCAUUUUUCAUAAAUAUUUUACCUGUAUUUAUAGUGUAAUGUUUUGGAUUGACAAACAGAACAUGUACAAUUGAAUGGCUUUGAUAAUUACUUAUUUCAGAAAUUAGAUUGAUAAGAAUUUAGUAUAUUUAAUUCAACUGCUAAUAAUUAUAGGUCAUUCAUAUUUUCAAAACAAAUGAUCUGAUUUAACUAAUAUGGCACUAUUUUAAAUACAAUUAAAAACAAAGGCACUAUUAUUAAUCAAUAUGAUUUGUUUGGGGAGGACUCCUGGCAGUGUAAAAAGUUUGUUUUUGUAUGUGACUAUUCCUCUUUCGCUAAAAUAAUAUAUAUAUAUAUAUAUAUAUAUAUAAAUAAAAAAAGAGGCAAGGCCCCCA